AUGACAAUCAUAGAGUUGCUGACUGUAGUAGUAACUAUCGCAGUGGAGAAGGGUAAUUAUCAAAUUCUAUACGUCGCUCGAGAUGAUGCAGGAAAUAUUGGACUAUGCCAGUUUGAGGUCACUGUCUCACCUAGAAGUUGUGUGAAUCCUGGUGACCCGUAUAAUGGAAACGCAACAAUAAUUGAAGUCGAAGCAGAAAAAAGGAGCGCAAGCCUUAUUGCCUUUCUCAAUUGCGCCGAAUCUCACUUGUUUACAGAAGACGUACCUGAAUUCUUCACAUGCGAUGGACGAUGGACACGUUCUUCAUAUGGCCCUUACUAUCAUUUUCCCAGCUGUUCGGCGUAUAAAGCUCCACAACAAAUUACAUACGGUUUAAUUGAAUUGUCUGAGGGUUGUGACUACGUUGAAAAAGCCGAGAAUGAUUUACGCAGUGCAAUUAUAAAAGCAAGUGGUGGAAUUGAUGACUUCACAAUUUGUACUGAAGAUGACUGUCAUGACGCCCUAAAAAUUUCGUCGACCUGUGAGGGGCGCGUUAAGCGGGACACCACGUCUACGACUAACAUUCGAAUCAGUUAUACAGUAGAAACUUGGGUGAGG